AUGGGCAAAGAGGUCUGCCAUGAGGAUCAUGGUUUCCAAGGGAUGGAAUUAGAUGAAAUAGCCAGAAAAAUUUCAGAGCUUGGCAAAUGGAGGGAAAUCUUUAGUUAUCAUAGGUUGGAAAUCAACAGUGCAACCCAUCAGAAAUUCCAAGACCAUCACAAAUCUACUGAUUCUGGUGCACCUCAAGAUAAAGAACAAGGACGGUACCCAUCAAAGAUCCUUUAUUCAUUGCCUGAACCCUCUGUCACCUCGAAAUGGGGCAGCUUUCCUGUCUCCCUAGCAAUGGCCAUGGGCCUACGAAAGAUCUUAUUUGGAAAUACAGUCCAUGUCUUCAGCCCCGACUGGAAAAAAUCAUAUUUCAAGUUCCAUGAACCUUCUUCAGACCUAUCCUAUGCUCUGGAAAUGGGAAAGGGUGGAUCCAGAGCAAUCCAAAUGGCUGUCCAAGUGAACAUCCUCAAAUACCUUUUAUUUACAUGGAGUGAAAAAGGCAGAGACUUUUGCAGUUUACGCAGAACAAGCCUUCGAGAACAGAGAGAGGCCCUCUCAGCAGCUCUGGCAGAUACUCUGUGGACAGCAGGAGAAAGGCAAAAGGUCAUCAUCUGUGUCAUCACAUCAGAAACUUGUUUUCCCUCAACGAGGGAUUUCGAAGCAGAUGGCUUGACUGAGCAACUCCAGCUCUUUGAGUUUUCAGAGAAAGAAGAUGCCAAGAAAUUCAUCUAUGAUCAUUUGCAAUGGUUCACAGGGGAAGGAAGACAUGGAGUUAUCUUAUUUCUUUACAGUUUGCUUCUCUCUAGAACAUUUGAAAGGCUUCAGAGGGACCUUGAUAUCAGCACAAGUCAUCUAUUACAGCCAAAUGGUGGAAAUUUCACUUGCAGGCAGGCAAUUCUAAACCUCAUAUUAACAGGACGAGCAAGUCCUCACGUCUUCAAUGGCUACCAGCGAGGAAAUUCCGAAGACCUGCUGCAUGGAAUCCUGGCCCGAAGUGAGGUAGGCUUUUUACAAUGGAACAAGGAUGGCUCCAAGCAACAAGAACUCUCACAGGUUGGAAGCAGGCUGAAGACUCCAAAAUUUCCCAUCUGGCUGUGUAGCAUCAACAGAACAUGUAGCAUCCUUUUUAGCGACAACAAGUUGCUCCUAUCGGACUGGAAGAUGGAGCACCGCUUUGGUCUUUAUUUUUACACCGGCCAUCCGUCCCAGAAAGAGGCAGUUUGUCUUACAAUAGACACUCAUUCUCACCACUGGGAAGAAGUUCAACAGAAUGAGAACUGUGUCCCAGAACGACCGGUGGAGAUGGUGAUAAGGACAAAAUGGAAAGAGGCUUCCGUUGAGUGGAAUGGGACUCUUCCAUUCUUCUGA